AUGGCAUUCCACACGGUAGGAAACUACACAUUUCAGUGGACAGACCUUCAUUUGCCUCGAGAAAAGACGGAUCCCUUGCGCCACGAGUACGACACGCUGGGACACGAUGCCGUCAAGAAGCUGCAGCAGAUUGCAAAGGAGAUGAAGGGGGAGGCAGCAGUCAAGCCCACGCUUUGUCCCGGGGGCUUCGACAUGUACGCCGUCCUCCGGGAUCGCCACACGGAAGACGAGACGCUGGACAGGCUCUGGAACGAGCUCCACACGGUGCCGGAGUGGGUGGACUGGGAGCAGGUUGAGCGUGGGCAAAAGUUCUUUUACCGCUAUGCGGCGGCCAACAUGGUGGGCUUUUUGCUGCAGGCUUUCUUUGGGGAGAACUCUGCGGCGCCGGGCGUCAUCGAGGUCUUGAUGCGGACGGGGGGGUUCUCGCCAAAGGUGCUGGUCCGGAGGUUGUUGGAGACGUUUCAGCAUCUUUUGCAGGUUACGGCGAGUCUUGAGUCGAUUCAGCCGGGGGGGCAGGGACACACGACGACGGUGCGAGUUCGUCUGCUUCACGCCGCGGUGAGGGAGAGGAUCCUCAGAUUGGUUGAGACGAGGCCGGACUAUUUCGACGUGGGGACGUUUGGAGUGCCUGUGAAUGUUGUGGAUUCGAUACACAGCAUCACGACGUACUCGUGUAACCCGAUGUGGUUUCAGCUGCCGCAGAUGGGCGUGUUUCCCACGGAGCAGGAAAAGGAAGAUUACAUUGCGCUGUUCCGUUAUGUUGGGUAUCUUUUGGCGACUCCCGCCGAGUACUUUGCGAGCGUGGCCCAGGCCAAAGCCACCAUGGAGAGCCUGUUGCUUCACGAGCGGGGCGUCACGGCGAACUCGCUGAUCAUCGGGCACAACCUGAUGGAGACGGUGAAAGACGUGGCUCCGUUUCACAUCUCGGAGGGCUUCAUCGAGGCCGGGAGCCGCGUGCUCAACGGCGAUGCGCUGAGCGAUUCCUUGGGUCUCGGAAGGCCUGGAUUGCUGGCGUAUGCCUGCUGGAAGGGGCACUGCUGGUUCGUGCGGAUGCUGGCCCUGGGGCAGAGAUGGAUCCCGGGGGCGGACGAGGCGGCGGUGCGGUAUUUCAGAGUGACGCUGUAUGAUGCGAUUGUGAAUAGCAGGGAGGGAUUGGGGGGGAGGUUGAGCAAGAUGGAUUUCAAGUACGUGCCGGACGUGGGCAAGAUGACGAAGAGGGAGGGGAGUGGGAGGGAGUUGUUUGGGGGGCGGUUUGUUGAGAGGCCGGUCGAGAUGGUAUAUUUGGGGGUGUUUGUUGUGGGGAGUUUGUUUUGGAUUGUGAUUGGGAUGGGGUUGUUGAGGGUGUUGAGGGUGAUUUGA